CAAACCGGCCGGACCCCGAUCAGACCAUUAAACCUCAAACCCCUUGCUUGACCGGCUCAAUGACUUAAACCGGUUUGACAACUACUUCAUAUCUGUAACAAUUCUUAUCACUAGUAUAGAUCUGAUUGUGAAAUCUGGAGAUCUACCAACGUCGAGAAAUGCUAGGAUGGAGGAGAUCGAUGCGGUGGUUUGACGUCAGCCUCGUAACGGCUGGAAGAGAUCCGCCAAUUGUGACGGUUGGAAGAGGUGCGCAACAUGAUGGCAGUGUUGCCGAGACAGAUCUGGUAAUCGACAAUGAAUCUUGUGCGAUGGUGGCCUUCCUUGGGAAGGAUCCAGGAUUAGUGGACGACGGGGAGGGAGGAUGGCGUUAACGGUGGCGCUCCUCAGUAGUUCAGGCGGCCACCCUCGAUAGUGGCUAAUGAAGAGACGGAAGCGGCGACACGACGAAGGCUAGUCCGCGAGCGAUAGCGAUGUUGGUCGGGCGAUUGGAUUCAUGGAGGAGGUGGAAGAGGCAUGGGAAAAGACAGUUUUUGGCGGAGAGGUAGGGGGAAAAAGUGGGUGGCCAGGAGAGAGGUGUGGGAGGGACAAUGUGUUUUUAUAUUAGGGUUUAAGAGCAUAUUGACUAAAUUGCCCUCUUUUUAAUUCUGACUCUAGGAUUAGGUUUUUAAUCUAACAAUAAUUAACCUAGUUAGUAUGG